AAAGGAGCGCGUGAGCGGCGGCGGCGGUGGCGGUGACUUCCUCGCUCCUCAGCAGCAGCAGCAGCAGCAGCACCUACAUCUACAUUGUGUGGAAAGCGGCAGCAGCACGUUGUUGGCUUCUCCACGCUGAACUUUACGCCGAACUAACGUUCUCCUGUACGGGGAGAAACCACAUCCACAGCUACAAGCGACUCCCGCGGACGCCUGUAAGUUAACCCAGCCCGAGAAAACAUGUCGGCCUCGGCGGCAAAAGUGAGUAAAAAGGAGCUGAACUCGAACCAUGACGGAGCGGACGAAACCUCCGAGAAAGAGCAGCAAGAGGCGAUUGAACACAUUGAUGAAGUCCAAAAUGAAAUUGACAGGUUGAACGAGCAGGCCAGUGAGGAAAUCCUCAAAGUAGAACAGAAAUACAACAAACUCCGUCAGCCGUUCUUUCAGAAGAGGUCAGAACUGAUCGCCAAAAUCCCAAAUUUCUGGGUCACCACGUUUGUCAACCAUCCACAAGUAUCUGCUCUACUCGGAGAGGAAGAUGAAGAAGCGCUUCAUUACCUGAGCCGAGUGGAGGUGACGGAGUUUGAAGACAUCAAGUCAGGCUACAGAAUAGAUUUUUAUUUUGAUGAAAAUCCGUACUUUGAAAACAAAGGACUUUCCAAAGAGUUCCAUCUGAACGAGAGCGGAGAUCCAUCUUCUACGUCGUCGGAAAUCAAAUGGAAAUCAGGAAAGGAUCUGACCAAGCGCUCCAGCCAGACACAGAACAAAGCAGGAAGGAAGAGGCAACACGAAGAGCCCGAGAGCUUCUUCACCUGGUUCACCGACCACGCUGACGCCGGCGCCGACGAGCUCGGCGAGGUCAUCAAGGACGACAUCUGGCCAAACCCUCUGCAGUACUACCUGGUCCCCGACAUGGACGACGAAGAGGGUGAAGGUGAGGAAGAGGAGGAGGAUGAGGAGGGACUGGAGGACAUUGAUGAAGAGGGAGAUGAAGAUGGAGAGGACGAUGAAGAGGAUGAUGGAGAAGAUGGAGAGGAUGACGAAGGAGAAGACGACUAAUAAAAUAACAUCAACUUCCCAAACCCUCGA